CGGAGCCAGAGCGCGGGCUGUACGGAGCGCGCGGCGGGAAGGUAGCUGAAUCGGGCGGCCCGCGACCCCGGCGCGGCCUCCGCUAGGGCCAAGACUCGCACACCUGCCGGGCCGGGGAGAAGCCGGGGGCCGCGCGCAGGCGAGGACCCGCCGCCCGGCCCGGGGAAGAUCCCAGGACGCGGACCGGGCAGCUCGGGUCCGAGGUGAGCCCGGGCGGAGGACGCGCCCACCGGAGGUGCGGCCUCGGAGCUCCAGACCCAGCCCAUUCGGGGCUGGGGUCCCCAGAGGAGGCCGACGGCCGAGGCAGCGUGCGCCGGGAGCCAGCGCGAUCCCUGCAAGAGCGGAGGAGCCGAGCCAGAGGGAGCCGCGGCGCCCGGCCAUGCACCGGGCGCAGUAGCGGGAGGCGCGGGCCCGAUGGCGCGGGCCGGGGCUCGGGGACAGCUCGGCGGCCGCCGUCCGCCCGGCCUCCGGCUCGCGCUAGCACUUCGGCUCGCGUUGCUGCUGGCACGGCCGCCGUCGGGCCGCGCGGGAGCCCCCGAGGCACAGGGUCCCGCGGCGUCCGGCACGACAGCCCCGGCGGGGGGCGACCGCUGCCGCGGCUACUACGACGUGAUGGGCCAGUGGGACCCGCCCUUCAACUGCAGCUCGGGCGCCUACAGCUUCUGCUGCGGCACGUGCGGCUACCGCUUCUGCUGCCACGACGGGCCGCGGCGCCUCGACCAGAGCCGCUGUUCCAACUACGACACGCCGGCCUGGGUCCAGACAGGCCGGCCGCCCGCCCGCGCCCGCGACACCGCGGCGCCCCGGGACCCGGGCCGCGAGCGCAGCCAUACGGCCGUCUACGCUGUGUGCGGCGUCGCAGCGCUGCUGGUGCUGGCCGGCAUCGGGGCGCGCCUGGGCCUGGAGAGGGCGCACAGCCCGCGCGCGCGGCCCACCGUGACCAGGGCGCUGACAGAGCUUCUGAAGCAGCCGGGCCCCCAGGAGCCAUUGCCUCCCACCCUGGGCCCACCCCUGGGUGGCUGUGUCCAGGUGCAGAUGGGGGACGGCCUCCCCCGGGGCUCCCCCCACAACAGCGCAGGUCCCAGGACUCCGCGCCUGGCUCGAGCGUCGCCUCCGGGCGAGCCGUUCAUGAGGGUGGCAACCCCCGGGCUGGCUGCUGCCGCCGCUGCGCGUGAUUCGGAGCCAGGCCCUGUUCCAGGCGCUGGAGGCUGCCGCGAAGACAGGCUUGGCUCGCAGCCUCGCCCGGAGAACGGUCCCCCAGGUUCUCACCGAACGGCCUCGGGGAGAGGACUACGGAGAGGUGACAGCGAGGGCGGAGUGACCCGGGGCAUCGGACCGAGCCGCGUCUCACUCCUCGCUCCAGACAAGAAGCGCCUCAACAACGCGCCCCGGGGGUCGGCCACCCCGGGGCCCCCGCGCGGCCUGCGGCUGCAGGGAGGCGGCAGCCUGACGCUGCAGCCCGACUACGCCAAGUACGCCACGUUCAAGGCCGCCGCGCUCAAGGCAGCAGAGGCCGCCCCGCGGGACUUCUACCAGCGUUUCCCCGCCCUCGAGCCGUCCCCGCGGCAACCCCCGGCGCGAGCUCCUCGACCACCCCCGGACUUGCCUGCGCCGCUGGACGCCUGCCCCUGGGCCCCGCCGGUCUAUGCGCCCCCUGCCGCGCCGGGCCCCUAUGCCGCCUGGAACUCCAGUCGCCCGGCCCUGCCCGCCCCGCUCGGCCACCCGACGGCUCGGGCCUUCCAGGUACCCCGGCGACCCGGUCACGCGGCCCGGCGCCAGUUCAGCGUGGAGAAGAUGCUUGAGACCUUCAGCCCGCAGCCCCCCGGCCUUUACGGCAGCGCGGGCCGCGGGUCCCGGUACCUAAGGACCAACAGCAAGACCGAGGUCACCGUGUGAAGCGGGGCCGCGGUCCCCUCGAGGCAUGGGCUGGAGCUCUGUCUGCCCGUCGGAGCCUCAGGCCACAGGGAGAGGAGCGCCUGCCGUAAGGCCAGCUCUUCGGUCUGCCUCAAUGGCAUUGGUGUCUUGGAUCUUGCAGGCCGCGGGUUCGUCUUGUAAAUAAGCCCUUUUAUGUGGUUCCUGCCCCUGAGAAUAAAGCCCCAGCGUG